UGGUGCGUUUUUUUUUUCAACGCCACGUACCACGCUUCGGCUCUCUUGUUAUAGUCGAAAAAAACUUUUCAGAGAUAAUUUUGUCUUGACUUAAAGCACUGCUCAUUUCAAUGAAUUUGCCUAGAAAAUUGCUCAGCAAAAGCUUGGUCUCUGCCAGACAGUCGAUUCGAAAUAAGUCUUUUGUGAGAAUUGUAGAAGUUGGCGCUCGUGAUGGUCUCCAAAAUAUACCAACCAAUAUUUCUACUGAAGUCAAAGUUGGACUCAUCAACCGUCUAUCAGAAACUGGUUUGAAGACAAUUGAAGUUACAAGUUUUGUAAGUCCAAAAUGGGUCCCACAAAUGGCAGACAAUACAAGAGUGUUUCAAGAAGUCAAUAAGAAAAAACUCAUUUCUUAUCCUGUUUUAGUUCCCAAUUUGAAAGGUUUAGAAGCAGCUAUAAAAGUUGGUGCCAAGGAAAUUACAGUGUUUUUAUCAGCAUCUGAAGGAUUAUCGAAAAAGAACAUCAACUGCACAAUUGACGAAAGUUUAGUGACAGCAAAAACCGUCAUCAGCAAAGCUAAAGAGAGCAAUUUAAAAAUACGGGGCUAUAUUUCCUGCACUGUCGGUUGUCCUUAUGAUGGGUACAUAAAACCAGCUUCAGUAGCUAAAGUAGCUGAAGCAUUGCUCAGCUAUGGUUGCUAUGAAAUAUCUUUAGCAGACACUAUAGGAGUAGGAACAAGGAGUUCUGUGGAAAAAAUGCUCGAAGAAGUUUUAAUCAUAGCUUCACCUGACAAGUUAGCUAUUCAUUGUCAUGACACAUAUGGGCAAGCUUUAGUGAACGUUUUUACAGCUCUAGAAAAAGGUUUAACAGUAGUAGACUCUUCAGUAGCAGGUCUUGGAGGUUGCCCAUAUGCAAAGGGAGCCACUGGCAAUGUAGCUACAGAAGAUUUGGUUUACAUGUUGCACGGACUAGGCGCUGAAACUGGAGUAGAUUUAAAUAAACUUGUAGAAGCUGGCAGGUUCAUAUCAGAUUAUCUUGAGAGACCUCCAGCGUCUAGGGUUAAUAAUGCUCUGUUUUCAAAAAUGAAGUAAAAAUCGAUAAUAAAAAGGUUCAAUAUGAAUAA